AUGAAGGUUCAGAGUUGUGGUCUAUUCGAAAUUUCACCACGACGCGGACACUUGGCCCCUGGAGAGGCUGCAUCUUUAAUCGUCGCCUAUAGACACCGUAUCUUGGGCACCCAUCGUCUGCCUGUGCUGCUAAAGAUCAACCAUGGCCGGGAGUUGAUGGUGAGUCUAGUCUACUUGAUGAGAGAGCAAAUUCUUUUGCACUUACAAAAUAUAAAAGUGGCCAUACCAUCGAGGAUAGAUGCAAAGAGAUUUGGGACGGCUUGUUGA